AUGUCUGAUUCGCCCAAUCCACCCAAUGGCAUUAUCGAAAUCUUGACCAUAAUCAUAGACGCGGCGACCCUGUCUAAAAAGGUUAUAGACACUAUACAGGAAGUUGUCCCUGGGGCAAGCGAUGAUCUCAAGGAAAAGUUCCACUGGAUCAACUGUUCCCUCAAGAAUGCGACCCAAUUCCACUACUCAGUUGUAGACAGCUAUUUUGACUCAGGCCGCUACUGGAAAGCACCGGGAGGCGAUGGACCGUUCACUUCAACAACAUUCUCUUGCUGCAAUGGUGAUGGUGCCGUCACAGGCGUGACAGGGGGCACAGCGUUCACCCUGUGGCUUGACUCUAAACAUUCAUUCGACUUCGCAGUGGGCUGGACGGACCCGAUCUUAGGGUCAAUGAAAGCUGGAGUCGUAGAAUCCGCUAUUGCCAAGGAUGGCUACAAUGCGGCAACCAGAGAAGGAGGGCAUAUUCAGUCCAAGAACCACUACAAGGGAAAGGACGAGAAAGGCGUCCCUACGGAGUUCUAUAUUCGGAUCUCAGCUUCACCGGGAAAGGACCCUAUGUCGUUUGUAGUGCAGCAGGUUCCGAUCGAUGGCCACAUGGUCACCUUCACGUGGCACUUUGAUCUGGAGAAGACCGCCGUUGCUCUUGCGCCUGCCAUAUACACCUUCGUCUCUCUAUCACAUACUCCUUUUCAAGAACGCACAGCAUGGGUCGAGAGUGCUGCUACAGAGCUGCUCGAACAUCCGGAGUUCCCGCCUGAUGGAUUCGAUUCAAAGGUACGCGUUCCCUCAUAA